GAUGUACCUGGACGUCGUGAGGCCCGGCGAUGUUCCCAGGGGCGCGGUGCAGUACCCGAAGGCCUUCGACCGCGCCCUGGCGGCCGACGACAUCCCCCGGGCCGUGCCCACCCUGGCCCACGCGGCCGUGGGGUCGUGCAUGCCGGUGCCGUUCAACAAGCUUCACCCGGCGGAGCGGGCGGAGGUCGAGGGGUCGCGCCCGAGGGAGCAUUACCCGGAGCUGCGCCGGGCGCGGGACCUGUCGCUGAACGUGCGCGACAUCGAGGGGGCGCAGCCGAAGAAGAUGGGCCACUACGUCAGGUACAACCGGCGUGGCGAGGAGAUCAACCCGGUGCAGCCCUACUACGCCACCCUGCCGUCGGAGAACGCGGCCGCCCUGGAGCCGCCAGCCCCAGCGAGCGGGCGCCUUUGCUCCAUGGACGCGUCCGACGUGGCGGGCGCCAGGCCAGCGCCGGCGCUGCCCCCCCGGGCUGCGGUCACCGACGUCAUGAGGUGCGAGGCCGAGUUCCGGUCGAAGGCCCGCGCGGCGGCCAUGCGGGUCGAGGCCGGCUGCGAGCCCCCGCCCGGGGCGUCGCUGCACUCGCUGCAGAGGCCGGCCACGCCGGGGAGGGCGGCUCGCCCGGGCGGCAGGAAUCCGCAGGAGCCGACGUACAGCGUGGCGCUGCCCGCCGGAGGCAAGGAGAGCACGUCGUUGGCGUGCACGUUCAGCGAGGAGGACUCGGAGACCCCGGCGAUGGCCUAUCAGCUUUUGGGGCUGGUUGAGGGCAGCCAGCCGCGCCAGAGGGCGCGCAACCUCACCAAGCCGAUGUUCGGCCUAGAGGAGGAGGGCCUCAAGGUCCGCGACAUCGAGGGCGCCCAGGCGAUCCGGCGCGUAGGGACGCAGCCCAUGUCCAUCUACGGCCCCGAGAGCAACAAAGAGAAGAGCCGCAGCCUCGCCACCACCGACAUCCCCGGCGCUCAGGCUGGCACGCUGAAGCGUGGCCCGCAGGCGUGGCUGAGCGACGAGGCGUUCAGUCCCCUCAGCCUGCCGACGCCUGUGCUGGAGGAGGCGGGAUCGCCCGCGCGGGCGGGCGAGGACGGCUGCAGCCAGGAGGACUGGCUAGAGGCGGCUGAGGAGCCGCCCGCGGAGGGCGGGGGUCAGCUCGUGGCGCUGGAGCCGCUGGCCGCUGUGCUGCCACCCGAGCAGCUGCCCGUGGCCGCGCCGCCGCUGGAGCAGCAGAAGGCCGCCACCAUCGACCAGACCGAUGCCAUCGGCAAGGUGGCCAGCGUGAUGGUUCGGCGGGUGUACCCCGACACCCAGCAGCCGAUUGGCCUGGAGAGCGCCACGCGAUUGGCCGAGCGUCUCGGCAUCUUCGCGAGCCGCCUUCGCGAGAAGGUGUAUGCCGUGGGGCACGCCGCCUGGAGGACAGGCCAGAGGCAUGCUGCUGCCAUAGUGCCGCGGCUGCUGGCCGUCUGCAGGGCUUCGCGCGGCCCAGAGGCUGCUGGCGGCCCUCCGACGGAUGCUGUCAUCUUCUUCCGCAAGAGGAAGUACGACGGCACGCGCAUCCGAGUGACCACCCAGGUCGCUCAGCAUUACGACGCCGACACGAUCGUAGAGAGAUGCGCUGGCACGCGAGAGCUGUUCGUCAUCAAAGCUGGUUUCAGUGUUGUGCUUCGCAAGCGUUUUGCUGACAGUGAUGAUUUCGUCCAUAUCAUUGGAAGCACCCCGACCCACAUCAAUGUACUAGAGACGCCGAGUGCGGAGAUCAUCAAUGCUUGCUUGCGUCGGCAACUCGACCAGUCGUAUGACAAGCUGGCGAAUGAGCGAAUCCCUCGGCAGGUAGAUGUCAUAGGGUGCGACGCAGCAGGCAGCAACCUCAAGAAUGAACGCAUCAUGGCGGCUCAGCACCCCCUUCGUGCCCAGAUUAUUGUUCUCUGCCGUGCCCACAGCAAGAAGAAGGUGGCCGAGCAAGGCUACUCAGUUCUUCGCCCCACGGACAGCAACAUGAUUCGGUGUCAGUUGAGUUUGUCUUCCGAGCAUCUCAUCGCUGUGCGGCAUAAUGCACGGCUUUUGCGCGACGAGCAGGUUGUGGUCCACGUGGGGUCUUGCUCUGCUGAGGCAACAGCUCACAGGGAGAGGGUGUUCGACCUGUACUUCAGCGACACCGCUGAUGCGAGUUUACAGUCCAGGGCAGCAGUUUGCAGGAGGCUUUACAACGGUGACAUCAGAAAGACUGGCGUGAUUGAGCACUAUUGCAAGGGGUGCUGCCAGAGCCGUGAUCAUACAGUGUUUCUUAUGCGCCGUUACGGCGUGGCUGCAUUGUUUGGGCCCGUGGAUGUCCUCAACCGUUCGAAUUGGACAAGCAAAAUGAAGAGCCACCGUUGUAUUGGCCUCCCUGCCGCUGUGCACGGGCUUCUCCAGGCGGCCUUCCUUCGCGGCGUGCCAGAGCCUCCUCAGGCCAAGCGGCGGCGCGAGCAGGCUCUUCAGGCGCGAGCUCAGGCCGAGGCGCUGGCUGCUGCUGGCCACGAGGGGGGUCCCGAACCACUUGGGCCACUCCAAGGUCCUGGGCGCGACCCCGACGCCGACGGCGACGGCGCUGAUGAGGUGAGCGCUUGGAGGGAGGAGCAGGACGUCAGGAUCGUCAGCACCAGGUCGUGGAUGAGCAGCGGCAGGGUGGCUGACGAUAUGUACAUCGCGUCCCGCAUGGUAUCGUUGACAGAUGCUUACUUGCUGAAGCAGUUGGCCACGUCAGGUGUUUCCGUCGAGCGGUUGCAGCAGCUCAAGGUGUCUCGGGGCGAGGCGCGAACGUACCAAGCUUGGCUGGCGCAUGAGGACGCGGACGCCAGAUCUUUGUUCAAGGACGUUCUCGAUGCUAUCUUUGAUUCGUCAAUCUGGGCAUCUGUACAGCACCGUUCAGAAGGGGCAGCAUUGACAAUAUAUCGGUUGAUGUCUAGAAUGGGAGCUUCAGCCUAUCAUUUGGUUUUCAGGAAAAACCUUUGUUGGCCAAUGAAGUUGUUUUCAGCUUUGAGGGAUCCCGAGAUAUUGAACGAGCUGGGGCGCACCGAGCCCUGCCUUCUCGACUCAUAUACCGAGAACUUCUUGAACUUCUAUGGGGACGCAGCGGGCUCGGCGACCGCCAUGGCCGAGCUCAAGGGCGCCCUCGUCCUCAUCGACACGGACACGGCCGACGUGGAGCGUCUGCAUUCGGUGAAUCAGCGGCAUGCUCGUUUCAGGGUUUGGACGCACGUGGAGACUGUUGAGGAGAUGAGCGCGCAUUUUGCAGCUCAUUCUGCCGGGGACAUGGGGCCAGCCCCAACACGUCACGACCGCGGCCGCGCUUCGUGCAAGCCCGAGGCGCCGAGGCCACGUCGCCGGCCUGAGCGCGGGCGUUGCGGCCUGCGGUUCUGGAUGUGGCGAUCGUUCGUGCAUGUGAACGUCGCGGCGUGCCUGCGCUUGGGCUCUCGGCACCUCAGCAAGAACGGCCUCGAGACGAUGCUGUUCUUGAUGAGGGCGGCCGCGAGCAGCCUUCAUUCGCAGAGGCGUCCGCAGCUGGUUUCUGAUGACACGGUCCUCGCUAUCAGCGCCGAUGACAAGACGUCUACGGCGCAGAUGGCUUCGGCGUGGGAGGCGAUGCACCAGACUUUGACGGCUGACAGUUGCCUCCCUUGCGACCCCAAGAUCCCCAUCGUUCGUCGGAAAUGUUAUGAGGCCGAGAUGUGCAUUCACAAGGGUGACGGAUUGGAGUUAGCGAAGUUUGAGGCGCACAUCAGGUCUGCUUUUACGAGGUGGCGCCAUGAUGACCGCAAGCAGACCAAGGCCAUGCUUACCAAGGGUGAGGUGGUACUUCGCUUCACCUUCGUGACUGUUCGUGCCCCUAUCGAGGACUUGCCUGAUGUUGAAUUGUUCUCCGAUGGGCCUCUGCCCGCGGCUGGUGUUGAUCAUGCCCAGGCCGUCGGGGUCGAGGCCGCGGACGCGAGCCUUCUGGCAGAUCCAGGGGGGAGGGCGCGCGAGGCUUUCUGCAGGCCCACCUACGCCUUCGAGCCGAUCGGGUUCGCCAUCGAGUUCGGCGUCGUCGAGUUCGACGUCGCCGAGCUCUUCUUCGAGCUCGGACUCCGAGGCCGACGACUCGAGGCUGCCAUCGAGUCUGCGAUCGGCGUCGCCUUCGGUGGCGACGACGGGCCUCCAGUGCAGCCGUCCGCAGACCCUCCGCCGCCCGACGGGCUGCCUGCGGUCGGUGAUGACGCCGCUCCGCCGCCUGAUCCAGUGGCGCCUGCGCUGGUGCCGAGGGGCGUCGGCAAGAUACCAGCUGCACUGGUCUGGCGCUACAAGAGUGGCGUCAUCCGAUACUAUGACACCACGAAGGUGAUGGUGGCGCAGUGUUUUGUGCCAUCGCACCAGGUGGAGCCAGGCUGCUACCUCGCGCGGUCGGUGAGGCCCAGCGUUGCCAGCAAGGCCAAGGGCCGUUGCUUGGGCCUGCUCUGCAGCUGGCUGGAGGUCGUGGAGGCGCAUGCCAUUACGCGCUGGGACCACGUCCACAGCUGGAAACCACCCUGGGAGGAUCGGCGGCGUGCGAGGCGGGAGGCGAUGGGCCUUGGCCUUGAUCUGGUUGCCGCCUUCGCCUCGAAGGAACGAGAUGGAAAUGAUGGUGACCGAGAUGGCGAGCCCGUGGGGUUCCCAUGA